UCUGGUGUCUUGUCCGGCUGAGAGCUGAACAGCCGCGUGACCUGCCGAGUGCCGACGCCCGCCGGAACACGCAAGUUGCCGCCGGUUGAGGAGACGAGACGUCCCCGGCUUCGCCUUCAGAACCAACGUGCGCGCGGGUAUAAAACGACAGCGAGCACAUGGCCUUGGGCUCGGACCUCACCCCAGGCCCCAGCACAUCGCGAGCAGCAGGAUCAAAGCAGGUCUCACCUAUGGAGUGAACUUCCCCACAAGAAGAAGCGCGUACACGGGACGAGGUGGCGAUGGAGGCGAGGUACGUGAAGGUGGCGUCCCGGUUCUUCCUCGUCGGGAAGGGGGACGCCGGCUGCGGUGGCCGCCACCACUUCCUCGACGCCUGCUUCCUCUGCAAGAGAAGCAUCACCUCGGACCGCCACAUCUUCAUGUACAAGGGCGACGCGGCGUUCUGCAGCGACGACUGCAGGCAGGACCAGAUGGACAUGGACGCCGCGCUCAAGGCCGCCGCGCGCCGGCACCGCCUGCUGCGCAGCGCGUCAUCGCCGGCGUCGGCCGCGUGCGCCGUGAACAAGGCCGCGGAGGCAGCGAGCGCGCCGGCGAUGGCCCGGCGGCCGACCAUCGCUGGCCUCGCGGCCCACGCCUCCGUCGUGUCUGGCUAGCUAGCUAGCUAGCUAGAGCUAUACACGAUGCAAGCUACUAAGCUAGCUAGCUAGCUUUGUGAAUUCAUGCAGGAGGAAGAUCCGAAGAUGUACGUUUGUGUAUCCGGCCGGAUCUGUGUAUACUGUUGCCAUCUUGGAUGGUCCCGUAGUCCAUGGGAAGAAGGAGAGGCACACGACCAAAAUAGUCUCACGGAAACAUGUCUAAAAAGAAGUUGACAGAUGCGUGCUUUGCAAAA